GUGUCGUCUGCGCAUGUAGGGAGUUCCGUUCAGAGACCUGCGGUAGCAUCCUGUAUUCCAAUUGGUGGAUGGCAGUUCUUUUGAGCCAAUCACUAAACAUUUCACUGGGCAGUCGCUCACAUUACCAGUGUCUGUUCGUCAGUGUGCUCAAGGUUUCCUGGGCGGCAUCAUGGGAGUGUUGUCCACGCUGAUGAGAGGUCUGGUGAGAGGAGCCGACAGAAUGAGUGAGUUCACCAGCAAACGCGGAUCAAGGACUCACAAUAAAGGCCGGGGCGCCAGGCCCACUGGACUGAGGCUGUCCAGCAACAAGUUUGUCGCCAUCAAGGCCAUGAUUCCUGAGUUUGUGGUGCCAAACCUGGAGGGAUUCAGACUUAAACCGUACGUCUCGUAUCGCUGUCCCAGAGGAACGGAGCCUCCUGUCACAGCACAAAGUCUGUUUAAUGAGGUGGUGGCUCCUCAGAUCAAGCACGACUUUAAAGAAGGGACUUUCAGCAAAGAUCAGCUGGAGAAAUAUGGAUUUGAGCCCACACAGGAGAAGAAGCUCUUCAAGCUUUACCCCAAGAACUAUGUGCGUUAACACACUCGGAGUGUAUUUAAAAUUUAAAGCAUCUGACCAGUGGUAGAACAAAAGGGAGCAUAUUUUGGUUCAACAGUACUUCUAGAAAAGUGAAAAGGACAUAAUUCAUUGUGAACUGUAUGAGCAGCGUAAAACUGUUGUCUGCUAAAAACAAUGUAAUGUGCAAGGUUGGAAUAAAUGACAAAUAAUCAGUAAUUCUAGACACUUA